CAGUCCUCGAUUCAGUUGCUCCGUGACCUUUGUGGAGUGAGGAGGUCGCACUCUUUCACGCUGCAGUAAACACCAUGCGUAUCGCCGUCGCAGCCUUCGUGUUCGCGGCGAUCUCUGCCGGGGACGCCCUCAAGGGAAGCCCCGCGUACCAGAGAUCCCAGGCAGGAGACGACCAGGUGGCUGUCCAUCUCUCUCAGGGCACCAUCCUCACCAGGAGACUCGAGGCGGGGGAUGGCAGCCCGUACUAUCCUCUGAUGGGGAUUCCUUACGCCAAGCCUCCCCUGGGCAAGCUUCGGUUCAAGGACCCUGUGAAAGCCGAAUCCUGGACAGAGCCAAGGAAAGGGACAGAGUCAAAGCCUGAGUGUCCACAGAUCAACUUGAGGGCCGAAUUUGAAGGACGAAUUCAGAUUGACGGAGAAGAAGACUGUCUCUAUCUCAAUGUCUUUACUCCAGAGCUUGACAGUAACGCCCUCCUCCCGGUGAUCGUGGCCUUCCACAGCGGCGCCUUCGAGUUAGGCAAUACCAUGGAACACCAACCCCUCCCUCUCGUGACUAAGGGCAUUGUGUUGGUGAGCGUGGCUUACCGUCUGGAUGUUCUAGGAUUCCUCUCUAGUGAAGAUGCUGCAUUGCCCGGGAACCUAGGACUGAAGGACCAAGUGAUGGGACUCCAAUGGGUUAAGGACAACAUCAGAAGUGUCGGCGGUGACCCUCACAAGGUCACCAUACUGGGGGUCAGCGCUGGAGCCGCUUCCGUCCACUAUCAUAUGCUUUCGCCCAUGUCUACAGGUCUGUUCCACCGCGCAGUCCUUCAGAGCGGGUCGUCCUUGUGUCCGUGGGCGUUCAGAGAGGACCACCGACGCGUUUUUCUCGCCUACGCCCAUUCCCUCGGCUGCAUCUCGAAGUCGAAGUCAGCGCCUCAGAGAAGUGCGGAGCUUUCGGAGGCCGAGAGCGCAGCGGUGGUCGAGUGUCUUCGUCAGGUUCCCUUGGAUCAGCUGUUGCCCUUGCUGCCCGAGUUGAAGGUAUGGCACGGAGGACCCCGCCUCAUGACGCCUCGCAUCGACGGCGAGUUCCUGCAGGACCACCCCGCCACACUCCUCAGGGAAGGUCGUUUUAACAAGGUCAGCAUCAUUUCCGGCCUGACUACUAGCGAGGCCGGGUUGUACACUAAAGGGAUCUGGAUCGACAAGGAAGCUCUAGAAGCCUUGAAGACCAACUUCGACGUGGCCGGCCCUGUCCCCGCAGGUUUCCACGUGUGGGAGGACGACCCCGCCUACCUCGCCCGCCGCGCCUUCUACCGCUACAUGGAAAGCACUGAGCUCAAUAACAACACGCUGGAGAAUUUCCAAAGGCUGCUGACAGACAGGCACCACGCUCAGUGCCACGAGGACACGGCAUUCUUCCACGCGAAAUCAGGAGCCAAGGUUUUCCUCUAUCAGCUGCAGCACCGCGGCCAGUUCAGCUACAGUGACAUAAUCGACAUCUCAAUUGGAUUACACUGGAUUGGACACAUGGACGACAUCCAGUACCUUUUCUACAACUCAACUAACUUCCAUCCUCUGCAACGCGACGCAGACUUGUUCGUCAGCAGAAUCAUGGCGACGCUGUGGUCCAACUUCGCCAAAACGGGGCACCCAACCCCUGACCAGUCUCUAGGCUUCAGAUGGACCCCAGCCUCAGCCUCCAACCUUCAACACUUGGCCAUCAACACGAGCCCCAAGAUGAUAAACAGUCCCUUCGCUCUGAACCGAGAGUUCUGGAGGAACCUGCCCAUCAAGAACAACAGGCUCCUCUACCCCGAGCUCUUCCAGCCUUGUUCAGAGCCCUCUCCUAGCCAGUGGCUCUGGACCUCCGCCCCAGGCUGUGACACACCCAGGGACUGAGUAACGGGCAAAUAAGCAUGUCAUGACUUCACAAAUUGACUGGCAAAUUCUUAAUUACACAUCUUAUGUCCUCUUUUCUCCCCAGAACCAUGCAAAAAUAAGGCCAGAUUGUAUCCAUCUCUGCAAGUGUCUGCUUCAGUGUAACAGAAAUUCAUUGCUAAGUAUGGUGAAAUGUAUGUCACUAAUUUGGAUUAUUUUUUCAAAGGUUUAAAUAAAAUUAGUAAUGAAAAAUAUUUA